CAUGUCACUUGGGCCAGUCGCGACGUGAAGCUGACCCACAACAAAGACUCGGCAGCCAGCAGUGCAGUGCUUAUGUCCUUCCCACGUGCUCUCUAGGCACGUCACAUCCGUUGGUCCCUACAGACAUCCAAAGGUAUCUCGCUCCACGGUCUCACUUUCUAAUUUGCUCAGAUUCGUCCACAGCAAAUCCUCCACCACUCCUUGUAUCCUCUCAAGCAUGUACUCCGUCGGUCUGCUCCUCUUUGUAUCCUCAGCGCUCUUCACGAAGACGCUAGCUAUCGACUACGCUGGUGGUUGGAUCGACGGCUCCACGUCUUCGGGAGAGUGCGUGGAUAUCUGCUCGGCUCCCAGUGCUACGUGUCUAACCAAGGACCCCACGUGCUUGGCAAAGGAAAAAGUGCCCGGUGACUUCGACUAUCUCGUCCUGGAGCAGCUCUUUGUGCCGCAGUUCUGUCGCGAUCUACUUGUCGGCGUGGACGGCACCAUCUCGCACCAGAACGUGAAUCCAUACCCGAACGGCACAGUUUGUGUCCCAGAGCGUGCUGUCAGCAAGCUGACAAUCCACGGUCUGUGGCCAAACUAUAACGACGGCUAUGUGAGCUGCUGUAACCCGAGUGACACGGUUGAGAACGAUCCAUACGAUGCCGUUAAGUUCUCUGAGAACCAGGCGACUCUCCUCGCUGAAAUGGGCGAGAAAUGGAUCGACGCAUCCGCAGACUCGACGUACGAUACGCUGUGCGAGAUCUAUGACCACGAGUUCCAGAAGCACGGACUCUGCUACGCUGCCCAAGGCGCUGAUCUUGAGGCUGCUGCCGUCACGUAUUUCGAGGCGACGCUCAAUACUGCGGAUCGUAUCAGUGCUGCGACCGAGCAGAUCAACGCCUGGGCGGCGCUUGAUACCCCGCAGACCACGUUGGCCAAGAUUGAAGCACUGUAUGACCACAAGGUGAUGGUGUUCUGCUCGGCUGUAGACGGCGAGAACCAGCUCUCGGUCAUCCGAACGUGUUACGAGAAACCUACGGAUAUUGGCAGUGACGGCCCCACGAAGCAGAUCGAUUGCGCCAACGCCACGGCUACUUCCACGUUCUCGGUCUGCUCGGGUGACGAGCCGAUCACGCUACUACCGUAUGUGGCUCCUGGAUCAUCCAGUUCCUCUACCAGCGCUGGAUCAGCUACAUCGACCCCUACGACGCCUACUACUUCGGAGCCUACGAUUGACCCCACGGCCAACGCCUGUGUGUAGUCACAAGUGACUGUUAUAAAGGCUAGGUGCUGGUUCUCCAGCUUAGAAACAACCCUUUUUCUUCUGCCAUGCAAACGAGGAAUCUUUUAGUGUGUCUACCGCUCAAUUCUACCUGCUCUCUAGCAUGGCAGCAAUAUAUUCUGCACAAAUGAAUACCGUGAUCUAAAGUUUACAGCUGGAAGAGGUAUGAGGUUGCCGAACCGUUUUGGUAAGCGCACUACUUUAAUCCAAACCGUAUUUCUAGUGUUAUCAGCUACUUUCUGUAGGUAAUCACAGGGGAAGCCUUUUGACAAUACAUGUAUCGAAUGUACUCGUG